UGUUAGCUGUCGCGAAUGUCGGUUGUCAGGGUGGAGAUGAAUCACACCUCUUUAACAGAGAUAAACUCGCAUGAUUACUCUGCAAACACAUUCAUGUCUACACGCUAAGGAAACGACAAAAAGGGAGGAGUGCCAUCACAACGGUGGGAUGGAGUGGCGUUCACUGAUUGACUUCUCUUAAAAUCAUCUACAGGACAGGUAUGAUAGAGUAAGAGAGAGAGAGAGACAGCCAUCUGUCAGAACUGUGUUUCUUCUGAUAAAGGUAAAGAUGAAUCGUUACACCACACUCAAGCAGCUGGGUGAUGGGACCUACGGCAGCGUCCUGAUGGGGAAAAGCAACGAGUCUGGAGAACUAGUGGCCAUCAAAAGAAUGAAGAGGAAGUUCUACUCCUGGGAGGAGUGCAUGAAUCUCAGAGAGGUCAAGUCACUGAAGAAGCUGAAUCACGCUAAUGUGGUUAAGUUAAAGGAGGUGAUACGAGAGAAUGAUCAUUUGUACUUCGUCUUUGAAUAUAUGAAAGAAAACCUCUACCAGCUGAUGAAAGACAGGGAAAAUAAGAUGUUUACUGAGAAUGAAAUAAGGAACAUCAUGUUUCAAGUUAUCUCUGGUUUGGCAUUUGUACACAAGCAUGGAUUUUUUCACCGUGACAUGAAACCGGAGAAUUUGUUGUGUAUGGGUCCAGAGCUGGUGAAAAUCGCUGACUUUGGAUUGGCUCGAGAGAUCCGCUCACGGCCUCCUUACACAGACUACGUCUCCACACGAUGGUACCGUGCUCCAGAGGUGCUGUUGAGAUCGCCGCUGUACAGUUCUCCCAUUGACAUCUGGGCCUUGGGCUGCAUUAUGGCUGAACUCUACACGCUGCGACCGCUGUUUCCUGGCAACAGUGAGGUGGAUGAGAUCUUCAAGAUCUGUCAGGUUCUUGGUACAGUAAAGAAGUCUGAUUGGCCGGAGGGUUAUCAACUCGCUGCUGCAAUGAAUUUCCGCUUUCCUCAGUGUGUUCCUACACCGCUGAAAACCCUGAUCCCCAAUGCCACCAAUGAGGCCAUAGACCUGAUGAGAGACCUGCUGCAGUGGGACCCAAAGAAAAGACCCUCAGCUGCAAAGGCGCUCAGAUAUCCCUACUUCCAAGUGGGUCAAGUGCUGGGUCCCCAUCCCAUGACCCCUGAUGUCCGGAAGGCUCAGAUAAAGAUGGCCCAGCCCAGUGAACCCAGAUCAGAGCUGCAGUCUGUGUCAGAACCAGUGCUGUCAUCUCACACUAAAGCCCAGAGAAGAACCUCCCAUCAGCCACUGCAGCAGAUUCCUUUACCUCAGUCUCUCUGUCAGACAGAACUCUCAGCCAACCCACUCGCCCCAUACACACACAGGGUGGUCGGGGGGGAGAACAGUUUGAUUGGGCUGAAGAACGGACGGAGGAGAUGGGGACAGACCGGCAUGAAACCAUCUGACAGCUGGGAUGAGUCUGAGUGCUCCGAUACCACUGUAUCCCUCUCGAAAAAACUCAGCAAAGGCUCUGAAGAUGAGAAAACUACUCCACAGCCCAAGGACCAGAAACCCCUUUAUAAGUUUAGCACCGUAACCAAAUUACCAAACCCCAGCCGACUGAACCAGCCUGACUCUUUUCACCAGAGCACCUCCUCAGCCAGACAGCAUUACCUGCGCCAGUCCAGAUACCUGCCAGGGUUAAUAAGUAAGAACACACCAUCUGUGAGCAACAAGGAGUCUGAUAAAGACUUAUGGGACACAUCAGAACUCAUGACCAAACCUCUCGCUCCCAUUGGAGGAGUUCCAUUGUCCAGAAUCAGCCCAGGAAACUUUGUAACCACCACAUACAAUCUGUCUGGAGGAUACAUCCCAUCAUUCCAUAAGAAGGAAGUGGGAUCUAUAGGACAAAGGAUUCAGCUUGGCCCUCUCGGAAACCAGCAUGCACUUGAUCUCUCAGCCACUGCUGACUCUAAAGCUGGCAAAGUUAAAGCUUCAAAAUCCAAACCCUCCUCUACUGUUUCAGUCAAUGAGAGCUCUGAAGAUUAUGAUGGAUGGAAAAGGAGAGGUGACAGAACCCAACUCAAAGGAAGCAGUUACUCAGCGCUGAGCAAAAACUCUGCCAAUCUCCUCACUCGUGCGCCACCAGUUCAGCCCGUGCAUGGACGAGUCGACUGGGCCUCAAAAUAUGGAAGUCAUCGAUAGUGCAUGUCAUGCGAGCAAGAGCUUCCUAAUAAGUUUACACUGAGGCCUGUUUCAACACUCAAGAAAACUGUAUAAACACAUCUGCGGCUAACGUCAUAGCUUUGUGUAUGAGCAGCUGCAACUGAUCAACACCACCUUUAAAUACCAGGCCAACGGCUGCUUAAAUCUGUUAAAUAAACAUAAAAUAUCAGCUGUCAAUCCAUUUUAUUAUCCAUUCUUGUUCAGUUUAUGAAUGUAUUCCUAAUGCAAGCAUGUCCAUUUACAAUGGAAUGAAAAGAUUUAUUCCACAUAUCUCUUUUUUUUUUUAUCAACUCUUGACUUUUUUAUAGUAUGCAUUUGUUAAAUGUAUAUUCCUUUUUUUCGUAUGUGUACUUGUGAUUCGUUCUGCAAGGUAAUGUUAUUUUUAUUUCCUUGUAUCAAAUGUCAACAUAUUUUUUCUGUUAGUAGUAUGGAGAACUAUAACAUGAACAUAGUAUAAUGUAGAUAGCAACAGUGAUUUGGUUGAACCAAGCUCCAAUCAAUAAAUACUAUUU